AUGGAGACAAGAGACCAGGCUGGCCCUGAAGUGGGAGAAGGCCCUCGCGCCACCAAAGCUGGGAGCAAUGAACGAUCCUGGGAGAAAACUCUUGAGAGUGCCCUGGGCAAGGAAACCCCUGGCUCCGAUGCGUGGCACUGGCAAUUUAGACAUUUCCGCUGCCAAGAGACUGAGGGGCCCCGAGAAGUUUGCAGCCGACUCCACAAGCUUUGCCGUGGGUGGCUGAAGCCUGAGCAGCAUUCCAAGAAUGAGAUCCUGGACCUGGUGAUCCUGGAGCAGUUCCUGGCUGUCCUUCCCCCAGAGAUGGCGAGGUGGGUCCAAGAAUGUGGCCCAGAGACCACUUCCCAGGCGGUGGCCCUGGCAGAAGGUUUCCUCCUGAGUCACCGCGAGGAUUGGAGGCGGGAAGAGCAGGUAGAACAGAUAUCAGAAGAGGAAGAGGAAGUUCCGUUGCACCACAGAGAGAGUCUGCUGGAAGGAGAUGAAGAUGCCAACAUACUGGGUGGCAGAUUGACGCCAGAAAUAUGUAGAAGGCCAACUCUUUGGGGGGCAGAGAUGGAAACGACCACUGCACAGCUGGCGCAGGGGCUGGUGACCUUCGAGGAGGUGUCCGUGUGUUUCACUAAAGAGGAAUGGGUGCUUUUGGAUCCAGACCAAAGAGCCUUGCAUAGACAAGUCAUGGGAGAAAAUUAUGAAAAUCUGACCUCUCUGGGAUGGGAGAGCAAGGAUGAGAGAAAGCCACAAAGAACGUGGAAUAAAUACUUUCCUUCUCAGGAGGAUGAUUUCCACAUAAUCUCUGUUGAAGAAAAAACAGAUGAAGGAAACGAAACAUGUUGGCGCCUGGAAUGUGGGAACAGCUUUGCUGAGAAGCCAUAUAAAUGCUUGGAGUGUGGAAAGGGCUUCAAUCGUAGCACGAACCUUAAUACGCAUCGAAGAAUCCACACAGGGGAGAAGCUGUUUGAAUGCCUAGAAUGUGGAAAGGGCUUCAGUCGGGGAGCUCAUCUCAAAAGGCACCAAAGAAUCCACAUGGAGGAGAAGCCAUAUAAAUGCCCGGAGUGUGGAAAGUGCUUUAAUCAGCGCACAAACCUUAAUAUGCAUCAAAAAAUUCACGCAGGGGAGAGACGGUUUGAAUGCCGAGAAUGUGGAAAAAGCUUUGUUCAGGGGGCUCAUCUUCAAGGACACCGAGCAACCCAUAUAGAAGAAAAGCGAUACAAAUGUUUAGAGUGUGGGAAGGCCUUCAGUCAUAAUGCUCAUCUUCAAAGGAGACAUCAAAGAAUCCACAUGGAGGGGAAACCAUAUAAAUGCUUGCAAUGUGGCAAGAGCUUCAGUAACAUGUCUGAUCUUAAAAGGCACCACAGAAUCCACACUGGAGGCAAGCCAUUCCAAUGCUUGGAGUGUGGAAAAAGCUUCAAUCAGAGCACAAGCCUUAAUACACAUCAAAGGAGCCACACAGAGGAGAGGCCAUAUAAAUUCUCCUACUGUAACAAAUGCUAUUUUGCUAAAUCAAGCUUUAAUAAACAUCAAAGAAUCCACACAGGGGAGAAGACUACUCAAAGUGUGGGAAAUGCUUCGGUUGGGUUACCACCCUUGUUUUGCCUUGAAGAACGCAUCCUACAUCAUUGA